AAUCGUAGACGUGCGGCGAGGCGAGCCCUAAUUUCGCACAACUGUUCCUACUCUUCUCCCAGACGACCACCCCUCUUCCUCCCCCAUGAUCUCCGACUGCGGAGCAUCGAACACCAUCGGCGUCGGUGUCGGCUAACAUCAGACCGGAUACAAGAUAUUCCCGCUACUGUGUUGGUAAACCUGAAACCAGUCAAAGACAAGGUGACAGUUGAUAGUCUGCCAUUGGUCUACAUUGUAUAAACAGUUGAGAGAAACAUGGCUCUAGCUGGAGUUCUGCGGAACAGCAUUCGCCAUUUGUCAGCUCGAUGUUUUCUGCCUCUUUCAGUCCCACUAUCUCAAAAAGUCUUCACUCCUUUGCCUGUUGCUCCCACCAGUGGAGUUUGCCCGACAUUUUUAUCUGAUCUGCACGGUGGCUUGUCUUUAGAAAGAUUCUUUUCUACUUCUACAGCAGGUGCAGUUUUUAGCAGCUUGACUGAUAAUCGAUACCCAAAGAGAAGGCCUGGAACAAAGCCUCGACGGAAAAGAAGCAGCCUAAAACCUCCAGGUCCUUAUGCUUGGGUUCAGUAUGUGCCUGGAGAACCAAUACCUAGAAGUCGACCAAAUGAAGGAAGUGUCCAGGGAAGGAAACGAAAGAAGCGCAUCAAGCAAAGGAAAGCAUUUAUAUUGUCUGAGAAAAAGAAACGCAAAGCUCAGUGGGCAGAGGCUAGGAAGAAGAGGGACAUGAAGAGGAUUGAGAGGAAGAUGGCUGCAGUGGCAAGGGAAAAAGCUUGGGCUCAAAGGUUGAUAGAAUUGCAGCAGCUUGAAGAAGCAAAGAAGGCUGCAAGGGCCGAAUAACCCCGUACAACCCAUACUUAUCAAAUGGUACUCGUGCUCUAAACCUGAUUGAAUAUUUUUGCAGCCUUUGGAGCCUGACCUUAAUUAGAGGUCCUCUUCAGAUAGGUAUUUCUGUUGAAUGUACGAAGAUGUCGCAGUGUUCACAGAAUUCAUGGGCGAGUAAGCUGCGUGGCAAGUGCUGAUUAUGAUACUCUGAUGUAGAUUUCAUUGCAUUUUUCGCAUUUCCAAGAAUAAAGAUUGAGAGAUAAGCAACUCUUUGUUUGUCCGACCAUCAAGUGCAAGCCUAUUGUUUCCCAUGUAAUGUCACAAUACAACGUUGGCAAUUGGAUGCUUGAAAUUUUUUGUA